CUCUGGGAAAAGAAGCACAGAGUUGUCUUCUCUAUGGGAUCAGCAGCGGGUGGCAGAGACCCCUAGCUCCGAGCGUCGAAGGGAGCCGGCCGUGAGGGCAGUGGAAGGCACUGACGGCUGGGCUGGGGGUCGCGGCGGCGGCGGCGGCGGCGGCAGCAGCGGCGGCAGUCGAGUUCCACAGACAGGAUGCGCGGCUGUGCUGUCGGCUGGCAGCUCCUGUUCCAGUGCUCCUGAAGGGGCGAUGCUACCGUUUGCUCCAACGGAGGAGCCCGGGGAUCAAGAAAUGGAGGUGUUCGGCUGUGCGAGCAGUGGCGAGCCACAGGUUAUGUUCACAGUGAAGAGGACAGAAAUUAUACAAAGGCAUGAACACGAAGAGAUAAAUGGUAAUAAAAUGGUUGAAGAGCCAAUGGAAGAAGGAGAAGCAGAUUCUUGCCUGGAUGAAGGUGUUGUUAAAGAAAUCCCUAUUACAAAUCACGUAAAAGAAGGAUAUGAGAAAGCAGAUCCUGCACAGUUUGAGUUGCUCAAAGUUCUUGGUCAGGGAUCAUUUGGAAAGGUUUUUCUUGUGAGAAAAAAGACUGGUCCUGAUGCUGGGCAACUCUAUGCAAUGAAGGUGUUAAAAAAGGCUUCUUUAAAAGUUCGAGACAGAGUUCGGACAAAGAUGGAGAGGGAUAUUCUAGUGGAAGUCAAUCAUCCGUUUAUUGUCAAAUUGCAUUAUGCUUUUCAGACUGAAGGGAAGCUGUAUUUAAUACUGGAUUUUCUCAGGGGAGGAGAUGUCUUCACAAGAUUAUCCAAAGAGGUUCUGUUUACAGAGGAAGAUGUGAAAUUCUACCUCGCAGAACUAGCUCUUGCUUUGGAUCAUCUGCAUCGAUUAGGAAUUGUAUACAGAGACCUGAAACCAGAAAACAUUUUGCUUGAUGAAAUAGGACAUAUCAAGUUAACAGAUUUUGGACUCAGCAAGGAAUCAGUAGAUCAAGAAAAGAAGGCUUACUCAUUUUGUGGUACAGUAGAGUAUAUGGCUCCUGAAGUAGUGAAUAGGCGAGGCCAUUCUCAGAGUGCUGAUUGGUGGUCCUAUGGUGUACUUAUGUUUGAAAUGCUUACUGGUACUCUGCCAUUUCAAGGUAAAGAUAGAAAUGAGACCAUGAAUAUGAUAUUAAAAGCAAAACUUGGAAUGCCUCAAUUUCUUAGUGCUGAAGCACAAAGUCUUCUAAGGAUGCUAUUCAAAAGGAAUCCAGCAAAUAGAUUGGGUUCAGAAGGAGUCGAGGAAAUCAAAAGACACCUUUUUUUUGCAAAUGUUGACUGGAAUAAAUUAUAUAAGAGGGAAGUUCAGCCUCCUUUCAAACCUGCUUCUGGAAAACCAGAUGAUACUUUUUGUUUUGAUCCUGAAUUUACUGCAAAAACACCUAAAGAUUCUCCAGGUUUGCCAGCCAGUGCAAAUGCUCAUCAGCUCUUCAAAGGAUUCAGUUUUGUUGCAACUUCUAUUGCAGAAGAAUAUAAAAUCACUCCGAUUACAAGUGCAAAUGUUUUACCAAUUGUUCAGAUAAAUGGAAAUGCUGCACAGUUUGGUGAAGUUUAUGAAUUGAAAGAGGAUAUUGGUAUUGGCUCCUAUUCAGUUUGCAAGCGAUGCAUACAUACAGCUACCAACAUGGAAUUUGCAGUGAAGAUCAUUGACAAAAGUAAGCGAGACCCCUCAGAAGAAAUUGAAAUUUUGAUGCGCUAUGGACAACACCCCAAUAUUAUCACUUUAAAGGAUGUCUUUGAUGAUGGGAGAUGUGUUUACCUUGUUACGGAUUUGAUGAAAGGAGGAGAGCUACUGGAUCGUAUUCUGAAACAAAAAUGUUUCUCAGAACAGGAAGCUAGUGAUGUACUGUAUGUAAUAACCAAGACAGUUGAUUAUCUUCAUUGUCAAGGAGUUGUUCAUCGUGAUCUUAAACCCAGCAAUAUUUUAUACAUGGAUGAAUCAUCAAAUGCAGAUUCAAUUAGGAUCUGUGACUUUGGAUUUGCAAAACAACUUCGAGGAGAAAAUGGGCUUCUAUUAACUCCAUGCUAUACUGCAAACUUCGUAGCACCUGAGGUGCUUAUGCAACAGGGAUAUGAUGCUGCUUGUGAUAUAUGGAGUUUAGGAGUCCUUUUUUACACAAUGUUGGCUGGGUAUACUCCAUUUGCUAAUGGUCCCAAUGACACUCCAGAAGAAAUACUGCUGCGUAUAGGUAAUGGAAAGUUCUCUUUGAGUGGUGGAAACUGGGACAAUAUUUCAGAUGGAGCAAAGGAUUUGCUUUCCCACAUGCUUCAUAUGGACCCUCAUCAACGAUAUACUACUGAACAAGUAUUAAAGCAUUCUUGGAUAACCCAUAGAGACCAGUUGGCAAAUGACCAGACAGAGAGUAAUGAUGCAUCACAAGUUGUUUCGGAAACAGUGGUUGCAGCAUUUUCUGUCCUGACUCACAAGACUUUUCAACCAGUCCUGGAGCCUGUUGCUGCUUCAAGCUUAGCUCAGCGACGGAGCAUGAAAAAGCGAACAUCAACUGGCUUGUAAGAUUUACAGUAUUCCUCAGCUACCUGGAAGAAGAGAAAACUAAACAUGUGGCUUUUUUGCCUAUCAAAGGCACUGUUUUCUGCUAUAUUACUUGAAUAUUCUGUUUAAGCCCCCCUUUUUAGGGGAGUCAGACUAAACAAAACUUAUGCAGGUUCACAAUAUUCAUACUUGUUGUUUUGCCAUAAUGUCCGAUUGUUUAUUUAAGCAUAAAAUUGGUGUCCACAAGGUCUUAACUCUUCUGCACACUGGCUUCUAAAAUUCCUUCCAAAUAAAUUUCCUGUUAGGUUUUUUUUUUUUUUUUUGGUUUCAUACAGUCAUGGUUUAGGGAAUCAUUCAAGAUGUUUAUAGUAUAGUGCUAAGCAGUGCCAGUGUUUUUAACACCAGAUCCUGAAGGAAAGGCUUCUUUUUAAAGAGAAAAAAGUACUAUAGAAAAUUGCUGUGCACAGCAAAGGACUCCAUUCAUUUGUUCCUCUGUAAUUCCUAACUUUUAGUCAUAGUAGUUUGGUCACAGAGCACAAUACAUUUGCGCUAAUAUAUGAACUCCUGAUAUGGUUGGUGCCAAAGUUUAAUAUAAGAAUUAGAUCACGAAUAAUGUGUGCAGACAGACCUGUAUAUUAUCCAUAAGUGGCCUAGUCUAGUGAAAAUUUCCAUAAAGCUUCUAACAUUUUGCAUCUAAUGGGAUUGUGAAGAUUUUUUUACCCAAAGGAUAUAUGUUGCUGUUGUAAUCUGUUAAAUAGAUGAUAGAUAUGCUUUUGAAAACAAAGUACAUGGUGUUGACACUAUCUUGGUGAUGUGUAAGCUGAUUUUGAAUUUAACCAAUUGGAUUUAAUUGUCAUGUUCCCUUUUAAGUGGAGCUACACUGUUCUAUUUCUGACUUCCAUAUCUGGGGCUACAGUGUGGCAUAUUGAUCUACCUUGACUCCUAUGGUAAUAUAGUGAAGUUUUGCUAUAGUGGACAUGUGCACAUAGCACAUAUGACAUAGUAUAAUGUAUUUCAGUCAAUAUUAGAUGAUGCUACAUAAUAGUUAUACUUCAAGAAGAUUAACAUUUUAAAUAGGAAGUAAUAUGUGAAAAAUGAGCACAUUAAAUCAUAUUUAUAAUGAGAUAAAUACUUGGCCAAAUUGGUCUUACUAAUUCUAUGAUUCAGAACCACUGUGUAAUAUGUAUCAUUUUCUCUAAAUGCUAAAAUAAAAAAAAACUUUGUGUUGUUGAAAAUACCAUUACUACUGCUACUGACAGAAAGCGUUCAUGAAUGUAAACUGGAAGAUAUCUCAGUUUUGUUUAGUGAACAUAGUGAAUUACUUGUGUGUGGUAGGUGUACUGUUUUCUGUGUGUUUUAUUUUACUUAGUUCAGAGAAAAUUAAUUAUAUCAUUUAGGCUAGGAGACAUGUAACUUUGGUAUUUAAUAAAGGAACCUAUAUAUAUUCUCA